UGGGCCGAGAAGUUGGUCGUUUACCUCUUUACCACAAAGAGCCCUAACCCUACGCGGGCGCAAAAUCCUAGCUCCCGAUCGCCAGUAUCGUCGUUCACCGAGGAUCUCCUCUUUCAUCUCUGUGCUAACUGUAUUCCGAGCUUCUUGGUGCCUAGUUUCAUCUGUUUCAGAUGGCUUGCUGCCGGAAGAGCCUCACCGUGGGAUACAGUUACCUCUCCCGGCGAUUUCACCCGUCUUUCUUCCACCUCGUACAGGACGAUAGAGAACGCUCUGGAUCCCCGCAACCCUUGCUGCUUUCACCGGCUGCAACGCAAAGUCGAGCCGGUUCCUCGCAAUUGUUCAAUAGGUUCAGAUGUCCGGAUCGGGAUUGGAGGAGGUUAGGAUUUUCUCUUCCGAGACCAACUGAUCAACAUUCCAGGAACUACGCGUCUAGUUCAGAGGGAUUGAAUGAGACCGGGUGCACCAAUGAUGUUGCGGAUGUACUGACCGAAACUGCAGUGCAUUCGAGUGAAGUUGGCACUGCCGCCAGUGCUUCUUCAGUUCCGGUACCGUUUCCUGGCGAGGUUGCAGCUGCUUCCGUUGAUUCUUUCGCCCCUGUUGCGGCAUUGCAGCAUUUGAUUGACGCAGUGCAUUCUUUCUCUGGCUUGAACUGGUGGGCUUCUAUUGCCUUGACAACUCUUUUGAUUCGUGGAGCCACCGUUCCUCUUCUGAUAAACCAGUUGAAAGAUAGUGCAAAACUAAAUAUUAUGAGACCAGAGCUGGAGAAACUCAAGGAAGCGUUAAAUAAUAAUAUGGACCCAGAGUUUCUUCAGGAGGGCCAAAAGCAGAUGAAGGCUUUAUUCAAAAAGCAUGGAGUCACUCCAUCUUCUCCGCUAAAGGGCGCUUUAAUUCAAGGUCCUAUUUUUAUCAGUUUUUUCUUUGCUAUUUCAAACAUGGUUGACAAAGUGCCAUCUUUUAAGGUAGGCGGAGCAUAUUGGUUUACAGAUCUGACAACUCCAGAUCCCAUGUACAUCUUUCCAGUUUUGACUUCUCUGACAUUCUUGGCAACUGUUGAGUUGAAUAUGCAAGAAGGUAUGGAAGGGAAUCAUAUGGCCAACACCAUGAAGAACUUUUCUAGGGUACUUGCUCUUUUGACAGUUCCAUUUACAGCUAGUUUUCCAAAGGCAAUCUUCUGUUACUGGGUGACAUCCAACCUUUUCUCCCUUCUAUAUGGAUUCGUACUCAAACGCCCACCAGUAAGGAAGUUCUUAGAUCUUCCUGAGGCCGUUCCCAAGCUAGAGCUGGCAUCACAGCCGAACUUCUUCUUCGGCACAUCCAAACCAGUUCUUCCUGCAGCCUCUUCCACUCAGGAGAAUGAAGCAGCGGUUAAAUCUCCUGAACAAAGGCCAUCUUCAUCUGCUGUUAUCAGCCAACGCAUUAAGAAUCUUGAGAAGACCGUUAAAGCCAGAAACAAAUACCAAAAGAGGCCCUAACAUGCGGACUGCAGCUGCGACCAUUUAGUUUUUGUUUCAAGUUGGGAGAAGCUUUGAGUGAAAGCCUCUAGAGUGGUUUUCACUUCAUCAUCGUGCGAGUUUCACCUCUUUCGCAUCUAAAGGAGUUCUCAUCUCUCAUUCUCUCUCGCUUAUAACUUGUGAGUUAUGAGUUGUGACGUACCUUUGUAAGCUUCAUUAUGAAAUUUGAAUAUCUCUUUUCCCAUUUAGUCAUUCAUGUGAUAACUAUUUUGCUAGCCCCUCUCUUGUAAAUCAUUUUUAGUAUUUGCAAAUGAGAUCAUCCCCAUUCAGGGCUAUGAUGCAA